ACAGCCGGCCCCUGCAGCUUUCAAAGCUGAUGUGUGGACUUAUUUUGGAUUUAGGACAAAAGAAGGCGGUAAAGACUAUGACAAGAGCUAUGCAGUCUGUAAAAUCUGCAGCGCCAGAGUCAAAUAUUCCGGUAACACAACAAAUUUAAGAACACGCAUGUCUAGAUACCAUAGCAACGUAGCAUCAAAUGCUAAUUUUAAAACGAAACGAGGUGACCCCGCUCAACGGACAAUUGAAGAAGUUAACUUUUCGAAACUACCAGCAUCUUCAACUCGUGCAACAAAAAUAACACAGUCAGUACUUGUUUUUAUUUGCAAAGACAUGCGCCCUCUGAGUGUUGUGGAGAAUAAAGGAUUUCGUAAUAUGAUUAAAACGCUGGAGCCCCGUUACACCGUUCCUUCCUGACAACACAUCACGGACAUCGCUCUGCCAAAGUUGUACCAAGAAGUCAAAGCGACAGUGCUGGACUCCCUCAGCUCGGCAGAGACAGUUGCUUUGACAUGCGACGCUUGGACUUCAAGAGCCACUGAAUCGUACGUAACUGUUACAGCACAUCACAUAACGGACCAGUGGAACCUUCAGUCUCAUGUACUACAAACACGAGCCAUGCAUGACAGUCACACAGGUGAGCACAUUGCAGCGUUACUAACUGACACUGUGGCUGAAUGGGGAUUGAACACAAAGGACCUUGUUGUUGUUACCGAUAAUACACCAAACAUGGCUCUCGCAGCUAGACUUGCAGGCAUGACGCACAUACAAUGUUUUGCACACAGUCUGAAUCUCGCCUCACAGAAAGCACUGAAAAUACAAUCCGUGGUGCGACUUCUCGGGAGGAUCCGACGUGUAACAGCCUUUUUCAGGCGCAGCACCACAGCCAGCAACCAGUUGAAGCAGAAACAGUGCCUCCUUCAGCUACCAGCUCACAGAUUGAUCACGGACAUAACAAGGUGGAACAGCUCCUAUGAUAUGAUAGAACGAUUUUUAGAACAGCAACCAGCCAUCUGUGCAGCUCUGCUUUCUGCAGAAGUUAGGAAGAGUGAAAAAGAAAUUUUCACAUUAAGUAAGUCUGACAUCACAUGUGUAGAAGAAGUUGUCAGGGCACUCAAGCCUAUGAAGGACGCCACCCUGGUGAUGUCAGAGGAGAGUAUGCCAACCCUGUCCAUCAUUGCUCCUCUUCAUGCCAAGCUUGUGAUGGGUGCACAAGAAAGUGUUGAUGAUGCACCGACAGUAAGGGACAUUAAAACUGCCAUAGCAGAAGAUCUGGGAAAGAGAUAUGUAAAUGAGAGGGAGACACUAUGGAUGGCAUCAACAGUUGAUCCUUGGUUUAAGGACCUGCCCUUCCUGUCUGAAGCAGAGACCAGUGAGACCUAUUCCAGACUGUUGGACACUGUGGUGACUGUGAUAAAGAAGGAAAAAAAUCAGCAAGAGAAUAAGGAGACUGACAAACAGGUGGAGGAAAGAAUGUCACAGAGGAGGCUCAUCACCCACAUAUCAAAGACAGCUUUGACUCCAUCCCUCGGCCACCCCUAAAGAGACAGAGGACCUCAUGUGCAUUCCUCAUGUGCGUAGCUCGGAGCUACGUUUGCCUCUACUAGUGACAAUACUGCACCAAAAUCAGAACAUGAUGUUGCUGCAGCUGAGAUCAAGAGGUAUAGAGAUGAGACCCCUUUGCCUCUCACAGGAAAUCCUCUCAGUUGGUGGAAGGACCAUGAACAGGAAUACCCUCACCUAUCCAAAGUAGCAAAGAGUUUCCUAUGCAUUCCUGGAACAAGUGUCUCUGCAGAGAGAGUUUUCUCCUCUGCAGGAGACAUAGUAAAUGCACAGAGAAGUGUCCUGAGAGCUGACCAUGUCGAUCAGCUUGUAUUCCUGCACAAAAAUCUGGAAAUUGAACAAUAACCACUGAGAAAACACUAAACAUGUAAAAUCUCUGAUAUGAGAAUGUUUGACAUUUUGGUUGAGUCUCAUAAGCA